AUGGCAUUCGAUGAGAACGCCUCUGUCGGCACGGAGACCGGUGAAAGCAUACCUCAAAAGCCUCCAGUGACAAAAGUCAACCUAUGCGGCCUCGAGGGUGUCGAACGGCUCGUCGUACCCUCAGACAAAAGUACUCGAUCUUUCAUACCUUUUGGAGUUGAUGGCACAUUGGUGAUAAUAAGUCCAUAUGGAGAGGUUUUAAGGAUGUCAAAAUAUAUUGCUGAUGACAAUCCUCGCGUGAUCUGUCUCAGCAGCCCUGGAAUCAGUAUGGACAGACGUUAUCUGAAUGGACUUGGUGCUAGGAUGCAAAGGCGAGCGCAAAUACGAAAGAGUGGACUCAGCAUUCGCCUAAUGGCCGAUUCAAAAGUCGAAGACCCAAUCAAGACACCACUCGAAUGGAUCAACGGUCGCUGGCCAUGCAUUCACUAUGAGAUCGACGGUGUUCUCGUCUCGGUUCUCUUCACAGUGAAUGAAGGGGUCCUGUCACAGCAAUUUUCCAUCGAGAACCCUUCUAAUGAGAAUAAAGCCGUCCGCUUUGCGCUUCAGAUCCGAGGUGCAAUAGUCAGAACCCUGCGCGUCGCACAUGGCCGGUGGGCAAACCCUGACGAAGACGACACUUUUCCGGAUGAGUCGGAACCUCUGCUUCGGCCAAACGCAAGUGGCCCAUACAAUAUAGUAGAGAGAGAGCGUGAAAGAAGUCCUGAUGAGCCCUUGCAACAAGAUGGUAUUACCGUAACAAAUGCCGUAAAAGGCGAGGCUGUGAUCGCAGUCUUCCACAAUGACGGACUCCUCCAAUUGGAUGGUACAGCUUCGGUUCCUAUCCGUAAUCCUUAUGAUACUGACAGCGAUGAUGAGGAUAGCGACGGCCUAAAUGGCGACACCCAAAGCAAGUCUGACCAAACAGCCCCGUCAGCUUCUUCCGGAGUCCUUCGGAUUCCCUCCAAAGGGGUUCAAAAGCUUGUCUUGCAAUACAAAUUGCAAUCCCAUAGCGGUGAAGAGCCUCGGAGUCCAAAUCGUCUGGAUGUGGAGACUUUCCUGAAGACUGACCAGUCCAGAAAUUGGUCUUUCAAGGAAGACCAUGAAUUCAACUCAAUUUUCAGAAGGUAUCUCGAACACAUCUUGUGUCUUUGCCUGGUUGAUGUUACGCCUGGCCCAGGCGAAGAACGUCGCAUCCCAUUCAUGAACGACAUCACGUUGGAGUCAGAAUCGACACCGCUUGGAGAUUUCUAUAUUUUCCGUUAUCUCCUGUUCAUGUACCAACUCUUAAAGACAGAUAAUUAUAUCUCCACACAUCUCAUAUGUCAGAAUCGGGACAAAGAUGCCUCGAGCUUUGAGAAAGCUGAAUUGCAAGCUCGCAUCAAGGAAGCCUGUAUAGGGCAUUUGCGGUGGUGCUUCGAAGAGAGUGUCUUUCUGGCCCGUCAGAGCUGGCCUGCUUCUCCAAGGACAGAAAGUGACAACAACGAACUAGACGAGUCACCGAGUGCGCAGUUCUUUGUUGGAAGCUUACAAAUGCUCAAGCUGUCCGAAUUCUCUCGAGUCUUCGAAGGAGAAGGGAAGCUGGUGAAGGCAUGUUUACAAAUGGGAACUAAGUUGUGGCUUGACGCGCUGGAUACAGAACGAGAUGAGAGGUCGAGACUAUGGUACAAAGACACUAGGAAGACCUAUAUCGCAUGGGGGGGCCGUCGCGGAGAGGGUUCGGAAUGGCUCCAUUUUCCGGAAUAUCGGUUAGGAGAUCUCAUCUACACCUGGAAGGCUCUCAAGUCCCUAGAAGCUAUGUCGGUUGAAUUCAAAGAUGAUACAAACGACUCACCAGACACUCUGGAACGACUGGAGGACUUGAAGUUACGAGCCCACGACGUACGAGAAACCAUUCUGCAGUGCUUUGCAUAUCAACCUCAAGACGCUCGUUCUACUAAUAGUAAUCAUAUAGUCGAUCGUUCGAACCGGCGAGAUCCUGAACAUGCUGUGGCAAAGAACGGAUCAGCUCCCGUGUCUUUUGCCAUUGCUGUACGGCGGUCUCGCGAGAGGGACAGACGACUAUUCUAUGCCAAAGACUCAAUGCUUCACGAUGGUAUCACGUGGGAUUUUUUCAAGAAUGACAUCCAAUUCGAGGCGUACAGCGCAAAGAAUGAGCCCACAAAGGUGGAUGUACAGCUUUCAUGGCAGAACACAAUGCAGGCACAAGGCAUUGACCAUGAGACCACCUGGAAGAAACCACUUCGGUAUGCAUUGGCCAUUAUAAUGGCGAGUCAUCAUAUAUCCUUGGACGACUCCAAAUCUCCAGACGAGCUUGCAGAGCUUUCUUGGAAGAGGCUUCCCAGAUGUGUUAUGUCUCAUGGGCUAUUUGCUAAUCAGCUGGACCGGGACACAAAGCUUCCACGAAUGUUGAGACCCUUGUACUCUUCUGACAAACCACACAGUCCUUGGGCGACAUGGGAGCUAGCGACACUGAUGUUGGUCAGAAGGUUCAAGAAUUUGGAUCUCGAGAUAUUAAAAGAUGUAACGCUCCCAGUCCCACGCGAAGAAUCUGCGUCUCAAGAUGAGGAUGUUGAUACCAAGCGAGGAACUACAGAGAGGAAAACAAUGUCUUUUCAGCCGCCAGACGGUAGUAUCUCUGAGAAAAUGAGGUCUGCCCUGAUGAAAAAGGUUGUUCUAGAGAAGAGGAGAACAAGCUCCCACAAGAAGGUGGACUUCAAGCAGGUGUCUGACCCAAAAGAGAGACGGGCAAAAGAAUGGUUGUAUCCCUACCCGGACUUCAUCACUAAGCGGCCUCCUUACGACUCCAUGAAGGAAGAAUACGAUGGAAUGGAGCACCGUCUCGAGAUCGAUCUUCAGAAUCGCCUAACUGAUAGUCAUCGAACGAAGUUCAAAAGUAUAUUAGCCAGAGGGUUUGAGAAGUGGAGCCAGGAAAAAUCAUUUAGCGCUGGCAACUACAGCGCUGUUGUUGUCAACGUAGGUCAACACAAACGAAACGACCCCGAUAUUGACUGGUAUGAUGCGGAAGACCUAGACGGUCACCUUCGUCGAGCUCGCAGCAUACGUGACGCUAAGAAGAGGUUUCACUUUUUCCAACUGGCCAACAUGGAAGAGAAAUCGCGUACCUAUAUACCAGAAGACCCCCGUAACGAGGAAAAUCUUGAAGAAGAAGCAAGGAGUGAUCAUGUCUGUGACAGGCAUCAACGAGCCUUCCCCCAGAUAUUCAAGGGCUCGAAACGCGCUUUUCUCAAAAAAGCGUCACUGAGUUAUCGUUUCGUUGGAGAUAUGGGUGACAAAUUCUGGACCGGCUAUCUAUUGACCCAUCUUCCCGCAGAUUCGGAGAUUCUCCCGAAACCCGAUGAUUACUAUGGCUUUAGAGAUAUACAAGAAUGGUUUCAUGAAGACAGGAAGAUAGACCAGAGGAAGGUUCUUGAGCCCUUCCUCGUGGAGAAGAUGGUGGCCGAGCUGUUUCAAAGCACCGAUAAAAUUCUCAAAACUAUUGACGAUUGGCUCAAUCCAGAGAUAGAUGUCUCGGAAGACGGAAAGGCAUUGACUCAGCCGAAAGUUUCCAAGGCCGAUGACCGAUUCGUGGAUGUACAAUAUAAUCGGUCCGCCAUCUGUCUUGACCUUGACGCUACCCUUCGUAUACUUCGUCGUCUAUCCAAAGCAAACGUUGACUCUCUCAGCCAAUGGGCCAAGCGGGAACAAACCCGAAGUUUUCAACCACGGUGGUCUGAGAAGGACGAAUUCAAAUUUCGAGAGCUGAUCGACUUUCAGAAACGACGUGCCGAGCAACAAAUCUCUCGGGUAAAUGACCAAUUCCGACGGAUUCAGGAUUCCAUCGAGCAAGUCAGAACUCAUCGGCAAGAGCUGAUCAACAAUAUCAAUCUUGCUGAAUCGCGGACUGCAGCACAUGAGUCGGAAAACAUUCGAAUAUUUACCUACGCCACGGUGAUCUUUUAUCCGCUGAGCUUCGUCGCAAGUCUUUUCAGCAUGCAAGGCCCGCCCAACCACAUCACGACUCCGCUCUUCCUUCAAGCUACUGCGAUUGCAUUGGUGAUCACGCUACUGAUGGUUUUCAAUGCUGAAAUUCUUGCAUGGCCAAUUCGAAGACUCAGGUACAUCGUAAGCCGCAGUGCACGAGAAAGAAUGGGGAGAACACCCAACACAUUCCCAGUGACUUGGGAAAAGACUCUGGAUCACAUCAAAGAUGCUGAAGAGCAUGACAUCUUACACGAUCAUGAAAUGCCGAAAUGGCCGAGGAGCAAAUUCGUUUAUCUUCUAUUCUUGGUCGUCUACUUCUUCGUUGACUUUCCAGCAUCUCGUAUUGUGCUCGCAUACGAAUCAGUCACGAAAUCUGAGGCCAGUUCUCCAUAUCAUGCCACCCUAGCUAUUGUGCGGAUUUUCAUUGCACUCAUAUUAUCGCCAGUGUUCGUGGUCUCUUGGACUAUCUUGGUAAUCUGGAGCUUACUCUGCUGGACCCUGACCAAGGUCUGGACAGUGCCACUCAGACGAUGGAACGAGGUCCAAGAACAGAGUAACAAAAAGCAGAAUGAUCACCUCAGGGAGAAAUUCGAAGCUGACGCCAAAGCCGAAGCCGAGGCGGAAGCCAAGGCCAAAGAAAAGGCCAAAGAGCAGGACGGAGCGAAAGACGAUGACCGGGAAUCGACAGACCCUGUUCCGCGGGGAGAGAAAACAAAUAAGAAGGAAAAGCCAAAGACGGUGGAUGAGCGCAUCGAUGACACGCGCAAGAAAGAACGUAAGGAGAAGGAUGAUCGGAUCCGGCAGCACGUCAAGCUGCUCAUCAAUCCUCCGGAGCUUUACGAGCGCAUGGAGCACAACGCUUUAAGGUUGAGGAGAAAGAAAAAACGAGAGGGCGAAGACGACACCACGUCUUCUCGUACAUCUCGCAAGGCGAGCGCGACGGACCUGCUCCCGAGUGAUGAGAACGGCGCCGUAUCCGCGACACAAAACCACAAUCCAGUGCGCAGAUCAGUGUGGCGCCUCAUAUUCGGCAGGCCUGAGAGAAAACAGGACGACGAAAGGUUGGUGGAAGGACGAGACAAGUAG